UGGGCCUUUUGCUAAUUCCACCAGUAGGAAAGCGAGUUUGCCGAAGGAAGUACCGUAGUAUGGUCGAGUUGUGGGGAAAGGUGGGGGUGGUUUGGUUUGGGGCCAGACUCCCGUCUGGGGAUUCGUCAUCCUCGGCAUGCGAACUCCUCCUGACCUCCUCCCCAAUCUUCUCAACCAAUUCUGCCGAUAGUCUCUGUUAAGGAGGCAAUUCGACAUGGGGACGUGAUCAAUGCCGGGACUCUUCCAAGUCUCACCACGGCCAUCUUCGGGUCCGUCAGCUGCCCAUUAACAUGUCAGACACUACAUCGCCGACUUCCUCGGGGCCUGGUGGAUCUCGCCAUAUCCGUCGCCAGAACGCUCGCCCAGGUGACCGGGUACGGAUCCGGCAGCGGAGAACCCUUAGCUGCUUGCCAUGUCGUCUGCAUAAGCUGCGGUGCGAUCGUGCAGUCCCCUGUCAGACCUGCUGCCGCCACCAACGAGAAGAUCAAUGUCGGUUAAAUCCCGCCCCGGCAAGCCUCGUAGCCCCGGUGCCUUCGAAGGGGGGCCCUAUUGGGGCCCGAAAUGCAUUCCUAUCAAACCUUCUGUCUAGCCGAACCUGGAAUGCCAAUAGUGGAAGCCUCGCGCUGUAUCCUCCGGCCGUCGUCAGCCAUGAGGAGAACUCGUGGUUGCCCCGGACAGGCGGGAACACCAUCGGCACUGACAAGCUUUCGGGCCAAGGGGCUGAACCCGCUGUUGAGCUCCAUGGCUCGGAGUCUUCUGAGAAUCCUGUGAGCAGCAGCGAAUCCGUGGCAUCACUUGCUAUGUGCGGUCUUCACUCGCAAGGGAAGUCGACAUUACUCGACGAGCCUCAAGUGUUCUGGAAGCGCUACUUGGUCGGCGUCCUCCCCACCCAGAACCAAAGCGACCUGCUGGUGUCCUUCUUCUUUGAGAACUUCAACUGGAUCUACCAGACCAUUCAUGCGCCCUCAUUCCGCUCUCAGUAUGGCCAGUUCUGGACCCAGGACGUCGCCGAUGUCGAUCUUGUCUGGCUUGCUCUCUUAUUCAUGAUCCUCUGCUUGAGCUCGCUACACAUCCCUUCUGAGCUCGCCGAGGUUUCUGGCUUCGAAGUCUCGGAGCUGGCCCUGCUAUCCAAGCGAUGGUACUCCGCAUCCCGCCAGGCGUUGCACGCAGGCGGAUACGACUCCAAACCUACCCUGACCCAGAUCCAAGUGUUCUUGAUAUCGCAGUUGUACUGGUACGGGAUGAAGAACGUGGAGGCGCUGAACUCCCAUCUAGGCACAGCCGUACGCAACGCCCAGUCUCUAGGUCUGGAUAAGGAGUGCCCACCCUCCGUUACAGACUGCCUAGAGCGCGAGAUGCGCCACAGAAUUUGGUGGGAUCUCGUAUGUUCCGACACUUUCCAGUCUCUCUGCCUUGCCCGGCCACCUUUGGUCCAGUCAUAUCUCUCCUCGGUUCCGUUCCCGUCCAACUGCAACGACGUCGACAUCACACCGACCAGCAUCAAGAUCCGACCACUCUCGGAACCCACCGAGAUGAGCAUGCACCACUUCCGCGCCCGCAUCUUCAAGGUGCUCAACAGGCUAUACGCCAACAACGGCGCCGGCCUGUCCUCAUACGCAUUCAUCUCCACCAUAGACGCCGAAAUCACAACCAUCACCGACCAGUUCCCGUGGUACUUCCAAAUUCACCAAGAAGAAGAACGACCCCCCAGCACCACCCCGGCUCUCUCCCCUCGCCCCGUCACCCCAAACCUAACCUCCAUCCACUGGACCCACCACCUCCUCCACAGCUGUAUCUCAGUCCAGCGCGUGCGCAUGUAUCGCCCCUUCCUGCACCACCCAUCCGGCGACCCGUGGCGCCGCUGCGUCGCGGCCGCGACCUCGGCCCUGGCCGUCUACCGCCGCCUGCGCUCCCGCGACGUGGCGCGCUUCCGCCGCUCCCAGCGCGCCCACGUCCAGGCCUACCAGACCUUCUCCACCGCCGUCGUGCUCGCCACCUUCCUGCUCGUCGAGCGCCCCCCCGACGACGACGCCUGCGUCCGCGCCAUCCGCGAGGACGUCGACAUGGCGGUCGCGGACCUGCGGCCGUUCGCCUCCGCCCGGGGGGCGGGGGACGCGCGGUGCCUGCCCAUGGUCGCCGACGGCGUGAGGGCGCUCAACCGCAUCCUGGCGCUGUACGACGCCCGUCGCAGCCGCGGCGACUCUUCCAACUCCAACUCGUCCUCGUCCUCCGGGGCCCGUUCCGGCGGCGACGCGCCCACGGCGCUGGUGCCGGCCAUCUUCUCCGUGUUCGGCGGGGAGGCGUCGGCGCGGAAAUACCUCGAGCGCUGCACCAUCGAGUACAUCAUCAACGAGGAGCCGGGCGGCGGCGGUGGCGGCGGCGGCGGGAGCGCGGAUGCGGCGGUUGCGGCGGCGGUAGCCUCGCUGGACGGGUUCAUGUGGGAUGCGCUGCUGGAUCCGUCGGUUUGGGGGGAUCCGGGGGAUGGGGUGUGCUGGGCGGAUAUGGAUUUCGGGGUGGAGAAGGUGUCUUGACCUUUUGAAUUACAACGAGCUUGUUCCGGUACGCCAGGCUCUUGAAGGUCGGCUAGCUUAUGUUUGGGGCUGGCUGGCCUAUGAGCCCGAAGAACAACUUACUGAUCAUCUCGAGAAGGUAUUUUCCUUAGCUACCUAAGGAGGUAGGCCCAGGCUUCGUACUCGGAGUGGUCAGGUUACCUGCGUAGCAUCACCUUCAAGGCAGAGGCGUGAUGUUAUAAGGGCGGUCUCGUAUUUACUUAAGACGGGUGAAGCAUGGUGGGUGGGUAACAGAUGCGGGCAACCGAAAGCGUUUCUAGCAAUUGAAGCCUGCCUGAAGGGGAAGAAGGUUCUGUGAGGAGCUGGUCUUGAUAACAUAUAAAUCUAAGACUAUGUGGUUCAUACUCCUACCUAAAGUCACACAAGCCAAUAUUUAUUCAGGGCGUAUUGUAUUGUAGAUAUAUAUGUAUGUAUGUCAUCUCGCACUGCCUCAUUUAGCAUACCGAUCAAAAAC